AUGGAUGCAUCAAGGUGGGGGCGGGGCCCAUCGGGGGCGGAGUUUCUCUGCCCCGCCCCUGGCGCAUGCGCGCGGCCGGCCCGGGGCGGGCGCGGGGCUGCGAUGUCGCCGCCAGGCCCGGAGCGCCCCGGUGGGGCCGGGCCCGUGCUGCGCUCUGUCAAUACGCGGGAGCUCUCCGAGGUCGUGUUCAACAACCACAGUCCCCGCUGCGUGCUGCCGGUCUGGCUGGACUUCGAGGGCCAGCCGCGCCGCUACCCGGUCCUGCAGCCGCGCAGCGGGCGCCUCAUGCACAGUUACCGGGGGCACCUGUGGCUGUUCCGGGAUGCCGGGACCAACGACGGGCUGCUCGUCAACCAGCAGGAGCUGUUUGUGGCAGCCCCCAAUGUGACCAAAGCUGACAUCACACUGCCAGUGUUCACCCUGAAGGAGAGAUGUCUGCAGGUUGUGCGCAGUCUGGUCAGCCCAGUGGACUACAGGAAACUGGACAUUGUUCAGUCCCUAUAUGAAGAGCUGGAGGAUCAUCCUGAUAUUUGGAAGGAUCUUCAGCGGCUUUCUCUGGAGAGAAGUGAAGCACUGAGGAACAAAAGUAUGGAAAAUCAUGAUAACUCCUCAGUAGCAAAUGAUGCCUCUGUUUAAAGUUUUGAAACAUAAACUCAGUAACAUCGGUGAUAGUCAAAUCAAUAGUCAAAGACUGAACAGCACCUGGAGGCAUGCUGGUUUCUGAUGGUUCAUUUCCUUUCUUCAUUACAUGUAUUGCAAACUGUAGGGUAAGAUCAGGGCAGCUAAAUGGAAAAUAUUCAUACAAAGUAACUUUCAUUCUAUUAGAAAGCAAAUUACACCAAGGGUUAACUUAGCCCAGACUAAUGGUUGUAAGAGUCAUCAGUUUUGUUUGAGUAAUUUGUUUUGAUGGAAUUUCCCUUUGACAUGUAACCUCAAUGUGCCUGUGGGUCACACAGUAUGAGGGGUUUGUACAUGAGGGUUUCCAGCAGUGCCUGAGGGCCUGACAAACAUUACUUUAGUGGAAAGCUGAUGUGUAAAUGCUUGGAGGUUAUUCUUCCUCUUACCUUUCCACGUACAAAGCCAUGUCGUAUCCACACUAGGUCUGACAGGUUUUUACUGUUGUCAUACCUCAAAUGCCUUAUUUGCCUUUGUCAUAGGAUUCUUGCCUGGCUGAUCUCAGCCACACAGACCAGAACCUAGUUUUGGGACACUCUUGUCCCCCACAGGUGCUUCCCCAGGAGCCUGUACAGGGUUCACAGGAGGUAGAUGCUUUAAGUUUGGUCUUUUUCCCUCACAGUGCUGUAGUCAGGUCGUAGUUGGCCUUUUCAGGGAGCAUGGGCCUCUUGAGCUGCCCGUGUCAUCUCAGGAGCAAUGGGAGCUGUAUUGGCUCACACAGACAGCUCACAAACAGGGCCAUGCUUAGUGGAAGGCUGGAGGAAGAGAGAUAGUAUUUCUUUGCCUGUAUUCUGUUGUUCCCCACGUCUCAGUGGAAUGUGCUUUUGUGUGAAUGCACACACAGAAUUCAAAGCAGCGUAGUUCAGUGUUACAUGAACUGUCCAUUGAGCAAGAUGUGGUGCAGCUCAGGUUAGAAGCAGAUUGGCUGGAGACUGAUUACAGCAGGUUAUUUCUGUGAAUGCAUUUCCCUCCAGUUGUAUAUUCUGAGAGUAGCUGUGAAACCGAGAAUCUCAAUGUAUUUUGUAAGUAUGGAAUGUCUCCCUGUUUGUAAACUUGUUUUUCUUACAUAUUUGAAGAAAUUGAUCUUUGACAUAAAAAUGAAAAUGCAUGCUAGCUUUCUAACUGUAAUUCUGUCAGGUAA